CUGCAAGCCAGUGUGGGCAGGUUUGCUGAGCUGUUCGGUCUUCCACAUUACAAAGCAAGAUAGUAUAAACUCCUUUUCAUCACGUAUAGCUACUGAAGAUCAUUUCGAAACUAUCUGUACUCAAACGUUUACAAGAUGGAAGACCCGCAAUUGAUGAUGAAUUGGAAUUAUAUGCAGAAAAAAGACGUGAUUGAAAUCCUAGAGGAGUAUAAACAUCAUAUGGAUUGGAAAGAUGGAGAACAAAUCUUGGAUAUCGGAUGUGGCAUAGGCGAUAUAACCACAUCAGUACUUUAUCCCAUCCUGCCAAUGAACUCUGUCUUGGCUGCCGCUGAUGUGUCUCCAGACAUGAUUCAAUUUUGUAACAAGUACAAAAUGAGAGAGAGGAUACGUUACUACAUUCUCGAUAUUCAGCAGCCACAGCUUAGCACCGACUGGGAAAGUGAAACAUUUGAUAAAAUAUUUUCAUUUUCUUGCUUACAUUGGAUCCAUGAUUACAGUCAAGCAAUGGCCAAUAUUCAUUAUUUGUUGAAGCAUACUGGAGAAAUCCUUCUGCUGUUUCUUACUCCAGACAAUCCUAUAUACCUUGCAUUCCAUCAUCUGCUAAUGAUACCAAAGUGGAAAAGGUUCUUGAAGAAUGUCACAUGGUUUUAUCAAACAGAUGAUGCCUUGACAUUCGUCGAAAAUAUUCUCCGCCGAGUUGGAUUUCAAGGAAUCAGAUGUUUUCCCAAAAUAAAACGCAGUGAUUAUCACUCUUGGGAAUCAUUCAUGGAACUUGUAAGAGCAAUCAACCCGUAUACCCGUCAUUUACCUGAUGAAAUACAAGCUGAAUUUCUAUAUGAAGCCUCGGAAGUAUUAAAGCAGACAUUGCAUAUCAUGGUAGACCAAGAUACUGGAGCAGUCAUGAUGGAAUAUAACGUUAUUAUUGCCAUGGCAUUCAAAUGAUGAUGGAAAUAAUGUGUUUUUUUUUAAUGAAAAUAUUGUUGUAAUAGUUAUUUUUUAUUUAAAUAAAAGCAUUUAAAAGGUUUUUUUUCUCAAUUUCUUUCAUCGAAUAAUAUUAAAAGUUGAC